AUGGCAAUUUUCUCAAGUAGCAAACCUCGCACAGAAUACGAGGAGGAUGUUGUACCCGGCACGGAUAUUCUGCGUGACCGGGGAAGUAAUGAGCGUACGAGUUAUUGUCGCUCUUUUCUUCUCUCUCCAGACUGGGGUUCUGAUGCCAACAGCAGCCUCGUACCACGUCCCUCCGAUGCCCCCCAUGAUCCACUGAAUUGGUCGCCCACUUGGAAAUAUCUUGUUACCGCAACUCAAUUCCUUUUUCUAUUCGUCUCCGUGGAAUCUGCGCUUUCAAUGGGCCCAAUGUUUCCCUUCUUCGCCGAAGAAUUCCAUCUGGAUGAGACCCAACUCAGCCUCCUGACCGGGGCGUGUGUUUUGGCCCUCGGCUACUCGAACUUUCUCAUCGUCCCAUGCUCGAACAUAUUUGGUCGUCGGAUCACUAGUCUUGCCUUCUGUCUGCUAGGCACGGCGUCGUGUCUGUGGCAAGCACUUGCAAAAUCCCAUUCGAGCUUUCUGGUGGCACGGGUUGUCAACGGAAUAGCCACGGCCACGAGUGAGACGGUGAUGGUCCAGGUCACUUCGGACAUUUUUUUCUUGCACGAGCGCGGUGCAUGGACCGGCCUUUAUUUUAUGGGGUACUUUUUGGGCUUGUUUAUCGGGCCCAUCAUCUCCGGGAAUAUUGCUCAAAACUUCGGAUGGCGGAGCUUUUUCUGGCUAUCUCUUGCCAUGUCUGCGUUCAACUUCAUUACUCUACUCGUUGUCUUCCCCGAAACUCGAUAUCUUCGCGACCAUAAGGAUGCUCCCGCAUCCUCCGCUCAGCCCAGCUCUACAGAACCGAUAAAACAGGAAUCAACACACCUAGAGAACAUAGAGACGCUCGACCGUGACAUGAAUAUUCAUGGCAAAGGGCGCCCAUCCAAGAUGCAAUUCAAGCUAUGGCAAACACCCGAGCCACAGUGGAAGCAGCUCCUCUUACGGGACUUGACAGUCCCAUUCUACGCAUUCCUAUUCCCCGUCAUCCUCUGGGCAGGACUGAACGUCGCUGGGCCAGCGAACCUCCUCCUAUACUGGAACCUGACGGAGUCAGGAGUACUGAGUGCCCCACCGUAUAACUUCUCCCCAUCCAGUGUCGGCUACUCAAACUUCGCCUUCGUCGCCGGUGGCCUCGUUGGCCUCGUCACCGCGGGCCCAUUUUCAGACUGGAUCGCCGCCAGAGCAACCGCCAGAAACGGCGGGAUUCGCGAAGCGGAGAUGCGUCUCCCAGCACUCAUUCCAUACUUCAUCACCACCGUCGUUGGUGUCGUCAUUGGCGGCCUCGGAUAUGAUCGCCAAUGGGAGUGGCCUGUUAUCAUAGUCGUCGGGUAUGGUCUCACGGGUCUGUGUGUGACUGCCGUUCCAACGAUUGCUAUUUCAUAUGCGGUCGACUGUUACGAACCAAUUUCGGGAGAGAUUAUGGUCGUGGCGACGGUGAUUAAGAAUACCUGUGGGUUCGCCAUGAGCUAUUGGGUCAUGCCGAUGGCCGCGAGAAGAGGUUGGUUGGUCCCUACGAUGGUGGAAUUUUCGUUGACAAUUGGUCCGUUGUUAUUGGGGAUUCCGAUGUAUUUCUUUGGGAAGAGUUUGAGACGGUUGACAAGGAACUCAAGAGUACAUGCACUGUGA